CUGUUUUCUUUCUGUGACAGCAAAAGAAAGAGAGAAGUUCAGACAGGAAGCUCCGGUUUCGCUUUUCAAAGCCAUAUCUAUCUACGCAAUCACAUUAAAGACAAAUUAAAACCAGAGCGGGAAAGCUGAAUGUUGACUGAGGGAGGGAGUACAUUCAUGCUCCAAAACAGCAGGAGAAAGACAGACUGAAAGAGAAACAAGACAAUAGAGAAAGAGAGACUAUGACAGCAGAAAAAUAAAUACGGUGGAGUGUCUGUGCGCAGUUUUACCGGACCACUCACGGUGCAACAUCAAAAAGAAAAAGAAGGCUGAUUUUGGAAGUGACACAGCAGCAUUCCGGAGAGUGCUGUUGCUUUACUGUGACCGCUUAAGUUUCCCUCGCUGAGAUUCAUUUGAAAGUUGGACAAAGGCAAUACACAGACAUACAGUCUGUCUGAAACAGAAAGAAAGACGAGGAUUAAAACCAAUUCUGUAAACCUGAAACAUGCUGGUAAAGGAGUAUCGGAUAUGCAUGCCCCUUACUGUCGAUGAGUAUAAGAUCGGUCAGCUGUACAUGAUCAGCAAGCACAGCAAUGAACAAAGCGGAGGAGGUGAAGGGGUGGAGGUCGUCCGCAAUGAGCCUUGCACAGACCCCAAACACGGAGCAGGACAGAUCACAGAGAAACGCAUCUACCUCAACAGCAAAUUGCCCGCCUGGAUGAGAAAGUUUGUUCCCAUGGUUUUUUAUGUGACAGAAACAGCUUGGAAUUUCUAUCCCUACACGAUAACAGAGUACACAUGUUCCUUCAUACCAAGGCUUCAAGUCAAGAUUGAGACGCACUUUCUUAACGACAACGGCUGCAGCGAAAAUGUGUUUGGCGGUAAACCCACCCCAAAGGACAGCGUCUGCUUUUUGGACAUUUUGAGUGAUCCAAUCCCUGACAAGCAUUACAAGGAAUCAGAGGACCUGAGCCACUGGGUGUCAAAGAAAACAGGUCGGGGACCCCUAGAGGAUUGCUGGAGGAACAGCAGUAAACCUAUCAUGUGCUCCUACAAGAAAGUCAACUGUAGCUUUGAGAUCUACGGCUUCCAGGGAAGAACGGAAGAGUUCAUCCACAGGAACAUUCGUGACAUUCUGUUGGUGGGACACAGACAGGCCGUCGCAUGGAUUGACGAGUGGCAUGGAAUGACGCUCGAAGAGGUGAGGCAGUAUGAGAAGAAACUGCAAGAGGAAACCAACAGCAAACUGAAGAAUGAUGUUAACGGCACAGAUUCGUCUUCAUCCCUACCUGUCCCAUCCUUCACACGCUCCAUCUCUGUUACGGAUGAGCAGUCACUGGAAAAGAUGGGGGUAAAGACCCUAGACAUUUCAGAUACUUCAUGCAAACCGUCAUCUCUCAAGAAUACCAUCAGAUUAAACUCUACUCCGGAGUAACACCCCCUCAACCUGUUCAAACCUCAACAACCCCACAAAUCCAGAUUUGUCAAAACCACUGCCAAUACCUUUUUGUGGACACCAUGACAGAAAAUUCACUUAUCAGAAUUCUGGAUUACGACGGCAAGAAUGAAUAGAAAAACAUUCCAUUUUGUAUACGAAAUAUGAACGUCUCAAAUAUGUGAUUAAGUAAUCGUUUUGUAUCUUCCUCGUGGAGAAGUUGUUCAGUAAGUCUGAACAUUCACUUCACCGUAAUGGCUACCACGUGAACUUAGAAAGCGGUUUGUUCAACAGACCAACAAGAGCGCAGAAUAAUUUUCUCAUGAGAGAACUACAUUUUAGUGAGACCUAAUCAUACGGAUUAUGGAAAAUUUAAGUGGCUAGCUGAAAUAAUGGGUGGAUUAGUGAUUUAGGGUAAACUUUAAACCUGCAUGAACACUGUGACAGAAUGUAACCGGACGUAUAGUUCACACAGCACACAUCAGCAUCUUUAGCAAAUAUACUCAGGGUGACAGGACUACAAUUGAAUGGAUUAUGAUAUUGUAUGAGGGUUUAAAUUACACAUGGCAUUGAGUGGAUGCCAGUUGUUUUAUAGUGUGUUUGUGUGUAGUUAUUGUCAGGUUAAAGGUAAAGUGUGUAAUGUCAGAGCCACUAGCAGCACCAAAUAGCUCUGUUUGAGAAUCCGUGUUAGGGUGUCCAAACAAGUCUCCCAUUUUUGAGGAACUCAAUCUACAAAUGGCUACUUUACCUUUGAAAAGGGGACUCUUAUAAAAAUCUUACCGAAAUAAAAAUUACACACAUUAUCUUUAAACUUACAUCUUUUUGUGAUGUAUUGGGCAAGUAUCUUGCCAAAAAGCAUGAAGAUAAUCAUUUUAAGGGAAAAAAGGGAAGUUUGAUUAUAAUAUAUUAUUUCAGUUGAAGGUAUUCUAUAGCAUAAACAUAACCCUCCCUCACUUAUUUGAGGAGUAAAUGACUCAAUAAAGCGUAGACAAAAGUCUGAGACUAUUUGAAGGAGUGUUGUAAGUCUUUUUGGAACUGCCUUUUUUGAUGUCAUCAGUAACGUUCUCCAUUUCUCAUUAAAUAAAAUUACAAAGAGGCUUGCUGCUUCCUCCUGUGGCUAUUGCUAUAUGCA